AUGUCCACCGCCGACAACCACAGUCACAGUGACGACGACGAUCAGGUGGCUCACCGCGUAUCCCGUUGGACCGCCUUCGGCGAAGGUGUCUCUGCAUCUGCGAAGAGCCACAUGGCUCGAUACCGCUAUCUCUUCAUGCACGAGGAGUUCCUCCUCUAUCGCGAGGUGUCCAAAGUCAUUCGGCGCAUCACCAUCUUCGCUUUCUGGUUCAUGCCUGUCUACCUGCGGACGCAAGUUGUACCCUUGCGCUGCCUUGAGCUGGACCACAUUCAUCUCAGCGUCAUGAUCGAGCAUCCAGACAUUGUUUGCGGCUCCGAGCUGCACGAUGAGCUCAUGACACCAAUGCAGUUCCUUUGGGGCGUCAUCUUGUAUCCUGCCGUGUGGGCUUUGGUCGUUUUGCUCUCCUACCGCUGGAAGUCCGAAGC